AUGAGCUAUUUAUCUCAAUCUAGUCGAUUGACUUUCCUGUUAAUACAACUCAAAGGCAAAGAUUUAAUUACGCCUGACUAAUAUUCUCGACUUUGUGACCAUGCGGCUAAAGACAACCCACAAUUAAAGGAAUUGCUAGUUAACUACGAGAAUGGUUUAUCGUAAAGUGAGCUAAUUGACGAAUUGUCUAAAAUGCUAAAUAAUCAGGAUGGGAAUGAAAACAUCGUCAAAUCCUACUUGUAAGUUCUUUAAUAAUACUGCUUAGUGAUUCUAUCGUGUGCAUAUGCAAAUAACUCAAGAACAAGAUUAAGGAGUUUUAUCGCGACAUUAAGAUCUCAGUAAGAUAUCAACGAAAUUUAUAAGGAGUGUUUUAUUGCUCAACAUCACUAAUAGGAAGUAAAGGAUCUCAUUCGAUUGAUUCUCAAGCAAUUUUAUAUCAAAGAGUUCAGCCUGCUCCAGUUUAAGCAAGAUCAUCAAUGUCACAUUCUAUCAAAUAAUUUUGAAUCCACUAUAAUUAAAGAGGCCCAAGAAAUUCAAGAGUUCAUUGAUUCCCAACCCCAUCAAUAACUAUUAGAAACUCCAGCAGAUUAUCUUAGUUUAUUAAAAACAGAAAAACUGCCUUAGUAUUGUAUAAUAUCUAAUAAUGAUAUCUUUUUCUUAUCCUUUACUGAAAAAGUGAAUAACAACUUUAAGCAGUAUCUUAUGAUUACUUCUCUUUAUGACUCUAUUAUUUCAAUUAUCAAACAAGGAAAUCAAAUAGUGGGAUUAAAAAAGUUAUAGACUAUUAGAAUGGAAAUACUGCAGUUGGUCUCAAGAACAAUCAAUAUUUUGACAUACAAACUAAUAUUUCAUAUGUUGGUUUAGAUUAUGAAAUAAUUUAAUUUGUACAAUUUGGUUAGCCCGAUAGACAAGGAAUAUUAUUAGCAACAAAAGGUGACUAAUUAUCUAUUGUUUACAUUUAAAAGUGAAUGGAAUUGUGUGUUUAUAGAGUUGUAAGGCAAUCUUUCCUUAUAAUUGAAAGAAAAGGUCUAGAGUACGUUUAGAAAGAGUAUCAAAAGAUAUAGUAAAAAAUUGAAAUAGAAAAAGAAUUUGUUAGAGUCUUUCUAAUAAGUUACUUAGCAUAAUGAAAUGAUUAUGUGUCUUUUCUUUAACAGUUACUUGUAUUUGUAUUAUAUGACUGUCUAAUGGAAUCAUGAUUAAUUUGUGUCUCGAUUCAAACUAUCCAGAGAAAUCAAUCACGGAGAUCCCAUUUACAAGAUCUUUGAGAAGAACCCUGUCAUAAUAUCAAGGGUUAAGGAAUUAAUUGAAUCUAAAAAUGACCAUUUGGAAUUUGAUGAUGGGUUUUAUAAAUUCUCAUUGAAGGUUGAGAGAGGAAGAAAACAAGAAGUCAAACAAAUUUCAGUCUAUUUAUUUAACAUAUAAUUGAAAAGACCUCUCAAUGAGUUGUUACAGAUCUUCAGAAGCAAAGUGAAAAUACUAUUAACACUAAAGAAGGCUACUUUGGCAUUUAAAUCAAAGCAGUUAAUGAUGGAAAACUAGUUCUUUAGAUCGUCAGCUUUGGUGAUGUACUUGCCUGAUCACGAUAUGAGAAAACUGGCUAUUGUUUAUAAUUAGGAUCAUGAUUAAGCCCUAGAGAAAUAUCGUGCAGCCACAAUGAAGAAGAAAUCAAAAAAAUUAUCGUUAUUUUUAGCCAAAUAUGAGGAAGAAGAUAAGAAAAAUCCAGAUGGACGAAAAAUAGCAAUAGAUCCUAAUUUACAAGAGAGAUUAUUGGAUUACGAAUUCAAUCUAUUAAACAAGAAAUAAUAUAAGAAUAAGUUCAUUAUAGUGUACAACAUCUUUGAUAUGCUGGAAUACACCAAACAAUAUCCAUUGAAAAAUAAAGAGUUCAUCAAUUUUUUAACUGCUCUGAAGUACAAAUAUAAUAAGACAGCAAAUCCAUUUCAUAAUUUUACUCAUGGAGUUAAUGUGAUGCAUGGAUGUUUCCUUUUUACUCAUCAUCCAAAAUUCGGAUUCUGUUUCAAUGAUUAAUAGAGAUUUGCAAUGACACUUGCUGGUUUAUGUCACGAUGUUGGACAUCCUGGGACAAAUAACCUAUUUUAAGUAAACACUUAAACCAAAUUGGCUUUAUUAUAUAAUGACAAAUCUGUUUUGGAAAAUCAUCAUAUAGCAGUCACUUAUAAGUUGUUAGCCCUGGAACAAUGUGAUUUUUUGGAAUCAGUCCCUAGGGCUGACAAACUCAUGAUCAGAAAAUAUAUUGUGAAUAAUGUGUUGGCAACCGAUAAUCAAUUUCAUUUUAAGAUACUUAAUGACAUCGAGAUAAAGUUUGCUCAAUCUUAAGGGGAUCCCAAAAUCUUUGAAUCUGAUGACAACAAGCUGCUUCUAAGUGGGUUCUUGACUCAUGCAGCUGACUUCUUUGGAGCAGCUAAGUCUUAUUAAGUCGCUAGGACAUGGAGUGAAAGAUUAAGGAGAGAAUUUCAGGCUUAGUCUUAAUUAGAGGAUAUAGUGGGUAUCGCAUAGACUCCGUAUCUCAGGAAUUUAGAUGAUGAAGUGCAAUAUGCCAAAAAUGAGAUCGGAUUCUUGAAGGUUAUUGUGAAACCAAUUUAUGAAUCCUUGAAUUAAUUCUCUGAUGGUGCGAUGUCAUUACAAUUGGCCAAUAUCAAUUUGAGCAUCAAAAAAUAUUCGGAAAUCGUUGAUUCACGGUAAUAAUUAUGA